AUGAUGGCCACGUCCAUUCGUUUUGCGUCUUCCCUAGUCUUCAUUCUAUUUGCGUGUUUGACCACUUCUGAAGCUGGAACCCUUGUUUACGGCAACUCCCCCAGUCGUCGAAGCUUGCAGAGAAGUGACCUUUCAAUCGCUGGAAACCUUCCUGGCCAGUGGACUUCGAAAGGAUGCUACGCCGACAGCGUUGGCAACAGAGCCUUGGCUGCGAAAUCAUACACCGAUGAUGGCAUGACCGAGGAAUCCUGCGUCAACUUCUGCAACACCGUCGGCUACGCUUUUGCUGGCGUUGAAUACUCCCGAGAAUGCUACUGCUCAAACUUCAUUGGAGCGUCUGGCCAAACCGCUAACGCUGGUGAUUGCAACAUGCCAUGCGGUGGGAACUCCACGGAAGCCUGCGGCGGUCCCAACCGCUUGAACGUCUUCCACAACGAUGCCAUUACAGCGAAGCCCACUGGGCCUGCCACGAAUGCCGGUCCUCCUGGUUGGGGCUUCGUAGGCUGCUACACCGACUCGAAUAUGACCGUCGCCAAUUGUGUGGCGGUCUGCGCUGCCAACGGCUACACUAUCUCAGGUGUUGAGUACUCCGGCGAGUGUUACUGCGGCAACACUUUCUCCAAUGGCGGCGCACCUGCUCCUGAUGGCCUAGCUGGCUGCAACAUGAUAUGCAAUGGCAAUAGUUCAGAGUACUGUGGUGGUCCUAAUCGACUUGAUGUAUACGUCCUGGGUGCCAGGUCCAUUAUUGCACCAGACUGGGCGCCACUCGGUUGCUACACUGACAGUGUGACUGCUCGUACCCUCUCCGUCGGUAUGCCAGUCCCUGGAGGUCCUGCAAACAUGACUCAGGAGAACUGUCAACAGGCCUGCUUUGCGAGCAAUUACAACAUUUCUGGGGUCGAAUACUCACAGGAGUGUUACUGCGACAAUCAGUACCGGAACGGCGGCGGCCCGGCAGCGGACGGCACCGCAGGUUGUAAUAUGAAUUGCAAUGGAAACACUGACGAAGUUUGUGGUGGACCCAACCGCCUCAACGUAUUCACUUAUGUUGGACGCUCGCCAAGCGCGACAACUACAAGCGCAUUAGCUGCGGCUUCAACGCAAUCUGGUGUAUCCACGGUGCAGACAACAUCAUCCAGCACAGCUCCAGCGACGACACCUACCAGUGCGGCACAGCUACCGGGCAACUGGACCUACCGAGGUUGCUACAUUGACAAUGCCAACGGACGUAUCCUGAUGAAUGAAUUACCGGACAAUGACGCCCUCACAAUAGAAAACUGCGUUCAAACCUGCGCCUCACAAGGCAUGACGGUCGUCGGCUUGGAGUACUCAAAGCAAUGCUUCUGCGGUAGCAGCAUUAUCAACGCCGGCACGCUGGCAAAUGCAGACUCGGACUGUGCAAUGACCUGUUCGGGCAACUCGUCGGAGGUCUGCGGAGGGUCCAACCGCAUGAGCAUUUUCGCAACAGGCAAUAUGACAAUUCUCCCCGUCCCCACCAUCCAAAGGACAAACUUGCCGGCCAACUGGGCUUAUCAGGGCUGCCUGAACGACAACGGCAACUCCAGAGUCCUCCCGCACCAGAUCGACAUGAGGACCAACAUGACGGCGACGAACUGCCUCGCACUCUGUGGCCAAUUCGGAUACAGUGCUGCAGGUCUCGAAUACGGCCAACAGUGCUUCUGUGGCGAUGACACUGAUCGAAUUGCCUCUGGUGCCACCUAUCAACCUGACGCACAGUGGAGCUUCCCUUGCUCCGGUGACCCAACGACUCUGUGUGGCGCUGGCCUCCUCUUGAGCUACUACACCCAACCGCCCGUGGAUGUUUGGCAGUUCCCCACGGGCAACGGGGCAGGUGUAUAUGAAUUCCUCAUUGGAGGGACGGUUAUCCCGUUGAUCACCUCGGCUAAUCGCAACGGCAAGGUGACAUUUGUUGAGAAGCAUGGCACUGGUCCUCCUAACUCUACUGGUGCCUACGAGCUUGAUUUAUCUGCAAUCGACAGCUGGGACGUGGCCUGGAGAGAAGUGGAAGGACUCCGAACAGACGUCUUUUGUUCUGCUGGUCUAACUUUGCCGGAUAAAGGUGCACGGAUAAUCAAUAUUGGAGGCUGGUCUGACGAUUCAACAUAUGGUGUACGUUUCCUGACCCCAGACGGAUCACCAGGAGUUCCUGGCCAAAGUGUAUGGCAGGAAAACGUGGACGAGAUCUCGUUACAAGUAGGUCGUUGGUAUCCAUCCGCUAUGAUGAUGGCCAACGGCUCCAUCCUGGUUGUUGGCGGUGAAAACGGAAGCAAUGGACCGCCGGUGCCCAAUCUGGAGAUCAUUCCCAAACCCCCAGGAGGAUCCCUUGUGUACUGCGACUGGCUCCAAAGGACAGAUCCCUACAAUUUAUAUCCAUUCAUGGCCGUGCUCCCAUCCGGCGGUAUCCUUGCGAGCUACUACAACGAGGCUCGGAUCCUCGACGAGGCUACACUCCAAACCGUCCGUACCCUUCCGAACAUACCGGGCUCGGUCACGAGCUUCCUCGCUGGACGAACGUACCCGCUUGAAGGCACAUCAAUGAUCCUGCCACAGUCAUAUCCGUGGACAGACCCUCUGACCGUCCUCAUCUGCGGCGGCUCAACCCCGUAUGCAGGUGAUGCCCUCGACAAUUGCGUCUCCAUCCAGCCUGAAGUGCCCGGCGCGAACUGGGCAAUCGAGCGAAUGCCCUCCAAGCGCGUCAUGUCCAGCAUGGUCGCGCUCCCCGAUGGCACCUUCCUCAUCAUGAACGGCGCCCAGCAAGGCGUCGCGGGCUUCGGUCUCGGCGACAACCCCAACCUCAACGCUUUGCUGUACGACCCUUCCAAGCCGGUCCACAACCGCAUCAGCAGUCUAGCCAACACGACGGUCGCGCGCAUGUACCACAACGAGGCCAUCCUACUCAUGGACGGCCGUGUCCUGGUCUCAGGCUCCGACCCGGAAAACCUCGACGGCAAAUACCCGCAGGAAUACCGCGUCGAAGUCUUCAUCCCGCCGUACCUCAUGGGCCUGGACGAGCCAUUGGCUCUCAACGUGUCAGACCAGGUCUUGUACCACGCCAACGCCGGUACGGCCUUCGCUUCCAACGCCACAGCAUCCGACAGCGCGCCAUAUACCUACGCCAACGGCACCAAUUCCUCCUCCGUCAGUAACGGCACGGCCUGCGGCGCCCGCCCCAUCUUCAACCUCGCCCUCAACAACACCGACUGGUCCUACGGCGCCACCUACACCUUCACCAUGCACUGUGGCGGCACGCCCGCCAAAGUCUCGCUCAUGGGCGCCGUCUCCAGCACCCACGGCAACAGCAUGGGCGCCCGCACUCUGUUCCCGGCCUUCAGCUGCGGGACUGACAAUGGGAAUGGCACCAGCACCGGCACCAGCACCGGCAUCAGUAGCUCCACUAGCAACAGCAACAGCAACAGUACUAGUACCAGUACCGGCACAUCGUGCACGGUCACGGCGCCGCCCAAUGCCCACGUCGCGGGUGGGCCGGCGUGGUUCAUGAUGUUCGUGAUAGGCGGUAAUGGCGUGCCGAGUGUGGCGGAAUGGGUGCGGAUCGGCGGGGAUCCGGGCGGGUUGGGGAGUUGGCCUGCCUUUGAGGAUUUUACGACGCCGGGGUCGUGA